CAAAACGUACCCAUCCCCACCCGCGGUUCACACGCACCACGCGACGGGAAGACGAGAAAAAUACAAUCUUCCCUGGAUUAAUAAUUAGCUAAACCCCUGUGGGCUGGGCUGUUUUGGCUAAGCAGAGGAGGUUAGAUCCGGUUCGUUGCGAGGUGGGUGGUCGUCGCCUGGAUCCCGGCCGGGCCGCGCCACCCUCACGCCUAAGCUUACUCACGCCACGCCAGUUUGCAUGCAAAGUCUCCAGCGUCUCUGCCUACUCUCUACUCUCCUCUGUCUCUCGCUCUCGCUCGCUUCCCCAGUCCGAGGUAACUUGUUGGCACUCCCGGUGGUUGCAAGCCGCUUACCCGAACCAGACCCGUGCACUCCCUGCUAUAGCUCAUCGGGGGCGCGCGCAGUCAAGCCAGCCGCUGCCCACCGCUCCUCGCCAUCUUCCUAUAUCCCGCGCUUGAGUACGUUCUUGGUCCCUUGCUCCGGUUCGUCCUUUCGUCGAUCCAUCACUUACUUCUUUCACGAGGCGAUCGAAGGAGCCGGCUCGGUAAAAAAUCGAUUGAUAUUAUCAAUCGGUCGCUCGGUCGGCCGACGUGUGUAUACAUGGUGGCCAUGUCGGCGGCAUCGGCAUCGGCGCGCGCGGGCGGCUCCGUGGUGGCGGAGCUGGAGGGCGCGCUGCUGCGAGACGCGUGCACGUUCCCGUACUUCAUGCUCGUGGCGUUCGAGGCGUCGGGCCUCCCGCGGUUCGUGGCGCUGCUGGCGCUCUGGCCGGCGCUUCGUCUGCUCGAGCUGCUGAUGCCGGGGGGCCGUGGCCGGGGCAGGGACAUGGCGAUGCGCUGCGCGGCGUUCGUGGCCACGGCUGGGGUGCCGCGGGCGGAGCUGGAGGCCGUGGCGCGCGCCGUGCUGCCCAAGUUCAUGGCCGACGACGUCGACCCGGCGGCCUGGGCGGCGUUCGGGGCGUGCACCGGGAGGCGUGUCGUGGCGACGCGCAUGCCGCGGGUCAUGGUGGAGUGGUUCGCCAGGGAGCACCUCGGCGCGCACGAGGUGGUCGGCGGCGAGCUCGAGUACAGUCGGCUCAGGCGGUCCACGGGGCUCGUCAGGGGCGGCGGCCACGAGGCCCUCGCUGCCCGCCUGCGCGCGCUCUUCCGCGACGGCGACCGGCCGGACCUCGGUAUCGGCAGCCGGUCCGGAAUGGCGCGGGCCUUCUUGCCCUUCUGCAAGGAGCAACUCCUGACACCGUUUUUCAUGGACCACGACAUGGCGAAGCAACCGAAAUGUGCCCCGUUCCGCCCGGUCAUCUUCCACGACGGCCGCCUGGUGUGCCAGCCGACACCUCUCAUGUCCCUCGUCCUCCUCCUCUGGCUUCCCCUGGGCAUCUUCCUCGCCUUCGUCCGCAUCACCGUCGGCCUCAUCGUCCCCAUCCAGAUCCUCCCCCACAUCGCGCCCUACCUCGGCGGCGCCGUCAUCACGCGCGGUCAACCCCCACCACCUCCUCCCCACACAGACAACGGCAGCACCAAUAAUGCCUCGGGCGUCCUCUUCGUGUGCACGCACCGGACGCUCAUGGACCCGGUGGUGCUGGCCUUCGUCCUGGGCCGGCGCCUGGCCGCCGUGACCUACUCCCUCUCCCGCUUCUCCGAGAUCCUCUCCCCGAUCCCGACGGUGCGGCUCACGCGCGACCGGGCCACGGACGCGGCCCGGAUGCGCGCGGAGCUGGCGCGGGGAGACGUGGCCGUGUGCCCCGAGGGCACCACGUGCCGGGAGCCCGUGCUGUUGCGCUUCUCGGCGCUCUUCGCGGAGCUCAGCGACCAGAUCGUGCCCGUGGCCACCGACUACAGGGCUCAGCUCUUCCACCCGACCACGGCCAGGGGGUGGAAGGCCAUGGACCCGGUCUUCUUCUUCAUGAACCCGAGGCCGGUCUACGAGGUCACAUUCCUGGACCAGCUCCCCGCCGAGGCCACCUGCGCCGCUGGGAAGAGCCCGGUGGACGUCGCCAACCACGUGCAGAGGAUGCUCGCGGCCACGCUCGGGUUCGAGUGCACGACGUUCACGCGGAAGGACAAGUACCGGGUGCUCGCCGGCAACGACGGCACCGUCAACGCCAAUAAGCCCGCGCCGGCCACCAAGCCCGGAUGGCAGCGCCGGGUCAAGGAGGUGCUCGGUUUCUUGCUUCACUGAUUUUAACCCCUCUUUACAAUUGGGUCACUAAAUUCGACGUCUUUUCUAUACUCUACAACACACACGCAUGUAUGUAGGUGAAGAAAUGUAAAAUACAGCCGUUUAAUUAGAAAUUCAGGUUGCACGCCAUAUGUAUGAUGGUUUUUUUUUCUUAAUUUUACACGAAUCUGUAUCUCAAUUGAUUUUGAUGGUGUCGUUAUAAUCUUAGGCGAGUGUUUUUUCUGUAACUAAUGAUCGGAAUUGUUUGCUACGGCAAGUACUACCAGUGUGCUGGUCCAUCGUUGAGUACUGUACUACUGGUGUGCCAUAGAUUCUUAAUCUCAUUCAUUACAUAUUAUACAAAAA